GUUUGUUUACAUGUUGAUGUGGUUGUGUGAAACACGUGGGGAUGGCUUUUAAUGAAAAUAGACGCCCUUUGACUGACAAAGAGAUUCAGGAAUUGGCUGAUGCUAUAGAUCUAAAUAACUCUGAUAUAGCUGAAGAACUUCUUAGUGAAGAUGACCUUGAUGGUUAUAACCUUGAGGAGGAUUUGUUGGACGAGCAAGCUUUUGAUGACCAAGACAAUCCAGAGCCCGAUGAUGGUUUCGAUUCUGAAGAUGACCUGCCCCUAGCCAGUUUAAUUCCAUCACAUUCCAAAAAGUGGAUUCGCGAUAAAGUCUUUGUUCCGCCGAACCACAUGGAUUCUAUAAAUUACAGCGACCAAGUUGGAAGACCUUCUGAAUAUUUUCAAAAAUAUAUCAGUGAUGACUUCUUUAAAAGUGUUUCUGAACUUACAAAUAUGAGGGAAGUAAGCAAAACAGGACAUUCAUUGGAUACUACUGCUAGCGAGAUUAGAAAAUUAUUUGGCUGUACCAUGCUAAUAGGAAUUUAUUCACUACCACGUUUGCGGAUGUUUUGGGCUAACAGCACUAGGGUACCCAUAGUGUCGGAUAACAUUACAAGAACCAGGAAGAUAUAGAAUCUGAAGAAGAAGUUCAACCAGGGAACAAACGAUGAAGCGUCCAACCCAUUCCCGACAAGAGAUGCAGGCUUCAGGGAAAUACACAUUUGGUAGAAUUUAUGAAAGACAAACAGAAAUCUCGAUCCAAAUGCCGUUUGCCUACGUGCGAUAAACUAACUUUUGCAAAAUGUAAAUCUUGUGGAGUGUAUUUAUGUUGUAGCGUCGAAAGAAACUGUUUUUCAACUUUUCACAAAUAGCUGACAUUUUUUUCAUUUGCUUGGCCAUUUUUUUUUGUAUGCCUAGAGACCCAAAGUAUCCUUUGUGAUACCUGAUUUUUUUCAAAAUGGG